UUUACGCACGGAAAGUAUUGCGUACUGCUGAAUUUACUACGAAAAGUCGUGUUUUAAGUGUUGAAUUUUGGCUGGAACCUCGCAAAAUAUGGGCAAGAAAGGGAAGGUGGAGGAUGGUGAGCCGCUGACCCCACGGGAGGACGGGGAGAAAUCGAAAUACGGAAAUGCCAAGAAAUACGAUCCAACAUUUAAGGGACCAAUCUCAAACAGAGGAUGUACAGACGUAAUUUGCUGCAUCUUGUUUCUGGCAUUCAUUGGUGGUAUGGGAGUUGUAGGCUACUUUGCUUACAGAGACGGUGAUCCAUUGUCGUUAGUUUACCCCACAGACUCAAGGGGCCAGAUAUGUGGAGUCUCAGAAGCUGUCAAAAGUAAACCAUAUCUGAUGUUCUUUGAUCUUCUGACGUGUGUGACGUCUCCCUACACUACGUUACUAGAGUUCAAAUGUCCUACAACACAGAUCUGUGUUUCUGCAUGUCCCAAUGAGACCUACGCUCCAUACUCACAGCUUGUGGUGGCAACAGUUCUACCUGCGUUAAUCGACUGGGAUAAGUUCAUAUGUGAUUACGACUUUGAUCCAGAAACGGAAUACACCACAGGAUCCUACCAAGGAAAUGAUGGACUUGCAGCAAUGUUCAAUGAUGAGAAAUGUGCAUCUUACUACUUAAAAAGCACCCCAUACGCUGAUCGCUGUGUUCCAUCCUUCCUCGUUGAUUCUGCCAGCACUGUGGCAAGCGCCUUCUCCGACAAUGAAACGAUUCAAUCAUCGGCAUCAGGUUCCUUCAACAGCUCAACUGCUUACGAUCUCUUCUCCGAUGCUGCCAGCCUUCUACUGACAUUCUCCUCGCUUGUUGAGAUCUUGUUUGAAGAUGUUAUCAACUCUUGGUACCUCAUUGUUGGGGGUCUUGGAGUUGGAAUGCUUCUCUCGCUUCUCUUUAUCAUCUUGAUGAGAUGGUUGGCCGGUAUCAUCACGUGGCUAACUCUACUGGGUCUUCAUGUCCUGCUUGGACUUGGUUUGUAUUGUUGCUGGCAGCAGUAUACAAGCUUAGAAGGAGUGGACGGAGCGGAUGCAGCCCUGACUUUUACAACUAACCUCUCAAGUUAUCUGCGGCUACAAACAACAUGGCUGGUGUUUGGAAUUAUCCUCGCUGUUUUACUUGUCAUCUUGCUGCUUACCACCCUGUGUCUCUGCAAUCGUAUCCGUGUUGCUAUCGCACUCAUCAAAGAAGCUAGCAGAGCUGUUGGGAAGAUCAUGUCUACAUUACUCUGGCCGAUCUUCCCAUACCUUCUCCAGGUUGGAUUCUUCACAGUUUGGAUUACCAUCGCUGUUUUCUUGGCGACUUCCCAUCAAGCUAUGUAUACAGUCUCAAUGGAUGACAAUGACACUGUGGCACCAGCUAACAAUGACUCAUGUGACAUUGCGACGUUCUCAACCCUCUACCCCAACACCACAGCACUUUGUUCUUUCCAAUCCUACGCUCUCGCCGACUACGUCUUGUACCUACAAAUCUACAAUCUCUUUGGCUUGUUCUGGUUGGUCAACUUUGCCAUUGCUCUGGGUCAGGUCACCCUAGCAGGAGCCUUUGCGUCUUACUACUGGGCCUUUACUAAGCCUCAAGACAUCCCUGCAUUCCCUCUCUUCAAGUCAUUCUAUCGAGCCAUAAGAUACCAUCUUGGUUCCAUAGCCUUUGGUUCUCUCAUCAUAGCUAUCAUCCAGAUCAUUCGCACAAUGCUGGAAUAUACAGAAGCUAAGCUUAAAGGCAAGGAAAAUCAAGUUGUCAAGUACAUCUUGAAGUGUCUCAAGUGUUGCUUCUGGUGUCUGGAGAAGUUCAUGAGAUUCCUCAAUAAGAACGCCUACAUUCUUGUUGCUGUUUAUGGAGAGAAUUUCUGCACUUCUGCUAAGAAUGCCUUCUUUUUAUUGAUGCGGAAUAUUCUCAGAGUUGCAGUCAUCAAUAAGCUAACAGAUUUCUUGAUCUUCCUUGGUGAGCUGUUUGUGGUCGGUGUCGUCGGCGUGACAUCCUUCUUCUAUUUCACCAAUAGCAUUACUUGGGCAUCUGAUCUCAUCACAGUGCCUACACUCAACUACUACUGGAUUCCUAUUAUUAUUAUAACGGUAGGAACCUACUUCGUCGCUAAGUGCUUCUUCAGUGUCUAUGAUAUGGCGGUCGACACUCUCUUCCUGUGCUUCUUGGAGGAUUUAGAGCGCCAUGAUGGUUCCCCAGAGAAGCCCUUCUACAUGUCCAAAGAACUGAUGAGUAUCGUUGGAAAGAACAACAACUUCAAAGAUGAUAGAGAUUAGGAUAACUACAAACAAAUAUGAAAUUAGUCGGACGAUAUCAGUGUUCCUAUUGUACUUCUUCUGCAGCCAGGCAGAAAAUUACUGUGACUGGUUUUGUUGAAAUGCUACCGUGCGUUCUCACCUGGACUUGUAUUUUGCGACAUUUGCAUCGAGUUUUACAGCAUGUUCGUGGUAGGUUGACAGGGCGGAGCUGUUUUAAGUGGCCCUGUAAAAAUACCGUGGCUGCGCCGAAGUGGUUGGCGACCUCUUUCUGCCUUUUAAGUUUACAUCACCGUCGCUGUAAGUUGACAGGGAGGUCAUUUAACAAUGCAUGGAUUUAAUUUUGUCAUUUUAAAGAAAAUUGCGGUACUUUGACAAAAAUAUGUUCAUGUAGAACACGGCUAUAGGCCUUUAUUAUGCAACCAUCAUCUUGGUCAUGUUCCCCGUAUCCAAUAACAGUAAUGGAUGCUACUAUUCACUGUACAUAAAGGAACCAGACUAUUUUUCCUUCCAGCCUCGGUUUCAAAACAUUUAUCUGAAUGGGAGAAAAACAAAGAUGGCCGCCAUAAAGGGCUAUUGUCUAACACCUGAGGUUUACUCUGGCAGGGACUGUUAACAUCUUGUUCUUCUAGUACUUUCAUUUGCAACUUUGGCGAUAUUAGACAUUAAUAUUAUGAGGCUUAAAGGUAUUGUAUUUUUUUAUUUAAAAGUGCAGUCUGAUUUGAACAAUCAUCUUAAAGAGAUUUUAGAACUUUAUCAAAAUAUCUUCUCUGAAAUCGUUUAUCUGCAAAUUAUUUUGUUUGUUUUGUAUUGUAAAAAUAGAGUGCUUAAGUUUGUUGCUGGAAAAGGGUAUGUAUUUUUACGAGGAAAAAAGGUCAAAGUAUUUAGUUCGAUAUGAAUAUAUAUUUUAACAAAUGGUUUACGUUUUACUCUUGUGCUCUCGUCUGUUUAAUAGUCCCUUUAUGGAUCUGUUUUAUUUUGUACCCAUGUCUUUCUUCUAAUAAUAUAGCAUUCCUGAUGUUUAUUAUUCAAUUCAAUUCAUUUCAAAACUAGGUUAUUUUCAUGUUUAUUGCAUAGAGUGUCUCUAGUACCUAAUAUUGGUUGUUAUGUGUGCUUUGUUAGACCUUAGUAUUAUGGUAUUAUUAUACAAUAUUAUAUGUAACUCUGUUCAUGUGGAAAUGUCACGCUUUUUCCAAAUUCCACUGGUCAUUGAAAAUUUCUACAAACUCUUUUAACAGUUUUUAUUGUUCAAGCAGUGUUUCAGGGUUCAAACAGACAACUGUGAUUUGUUUAUGAAUUUUUUAUGAAUUGUUAUCAAGUUGGUGAAAGUUUUGAAAUGAGGCUUUUCUUCUCUGUUUUGAAUUUAAGCUAAUAAUUUCAAUUUAAGUGAAGUGGACAAGAAUGCAAAGUGGAGUUCAAGUAAUAAUUAACAGCAAAUUAUUUUAAAAAAAAUUCUCAAAUAAUUGAAACAAUUAAGUGGUAUGGCAAUAUACGCAACAUAACAAACCAUGACAAGAGUAACAUAUAAUUCUUAAACCCACCAUUAUUGAUGUGAAAUAUUACCAUACAGUUUUUGUAUAUAUUUGAAAUGUAUAUUUUCAAUAUAAGGAAAUGCCUUUGGGAAAGAGUUUUAAACAUUUUUAAAAGUGUAGAAGUUUAGUUUAAUGGAUCGGCAUUAUGUAAAUACCUCGAUUUAUCCUUAAGCCGUCCUAUCCUCAGCCUUGACCAAUUCAUUUGAGUUUAAUUUGAAUAUUUUAUGUUAUAUACUACUCUACCCAUUGUGUGCAGUUUCUAUGCGCACAUGGCAAU